UAACUAAAAGAACUUCCGGUUUGAAUGGUCGCUCAAAUCAAUGUGGGAAAAGAAAAAUCAGGGAGGAAAAGACUGUCUAUCAAGUUGAAUAGUUUUAUGUAAUGAUAUAAAAAUUUGGACUUGCCACGAAAAACAGAUGUUUCACAACAUGUGAUCAACACUUCAGUCUGCCAAGCCUCCAGCGUGUCCUCAGUCAACAAGUCCUAAGUUACAGUUAGUCAAUUAAGGCAGACGUAUAAAUAUUUUACAAAAUGCCGGGACAUGGAAGCAAAAAACAAGCACAGAGAACGAAAGGAAAUACAAAGCCCUCUAGCAGUAGUGAAGCUGCCAAGUUACUUCUUGAGGCAGGGACAGCCCCUACUGGGUUUAUAGGGUUUGGAUUUCAAAGCAGCAGUCCUGGAUAUGUACCAGUAAGCCACAGCUUGGAUGAUGUUGACUCAAGUUUAGAUUCAGAUAUCCGCAUGGUUCUUCGCAAGCUUAGCAAAAGAGAUGCCACAACAAAAGUCAAAGCACUACAAGAAUUCAGCAGUUUAUGUAAAGAAAAAGAUGAAGAGAGUGUCAAAGCAGUGCUUCCCUACUGGCCAAGGAUUUACAAUAAGAUGGCCCUAGAUGUAGAUCACAGAGUAAGGGAGAUGACUCAGACAGCCAUGAACACACUGGUACUCAGAAUGAGAAAAAAUCUGGCCCCCAACUUAAAGACCCUGAUGGGGGCAUGGCUCCUCAGUCAAUGUGAUACGUACCCCACGGUGGCCACCGCCGCACAGCAAGCUUUCCAGACCGCCUUUCCUCCCACAAAACAGACUGAUGCCCUGGUGUUCUGUAAACAGGAAUCAACAGAGUAUCUCCUUGACAACAUCUUACGCCAGACACCACUAACAUUGAGUGACCCAAAGACAACAGAGAAAGAGGACAUGGAAAAUAAAUACAACCGAGUGUUGACCUCCUCACUGUUAGCUCUGAGAAAACUACUCACUGCUCUCCCAGCUGAUCAACUCACAUCUCUCUCAGAUAAAAUGGAUAGCCUUCUGAAAGAUCCCAAAUUUUGGAAACAUGGGAAAUCACAAGUUAUUAGUGUUCAAGCUGCAGUUUACUCCUUUCUGGCGGGACUGUGUCAGACACUUCCUGGGACUGUUACCCAGCAUUCCAAGAAAGUUUCUACCCACAUCCUUCACAACAUAGAUGAGACUGACGCAGUUAUCUGUCCUUGUCUGUGGGAGGCAGUGCUGUCCCUUGUUAGCUAUAUUGAUGACUGUUGGCAGCAUAUAAAUGUGGAAAAGGCUUUCUGGCCAAAACUAAGGAAAUAUCUAGAAAAUGGUUGCCAUGGAAAUGCCUGUCUAAUGGGUGGUGACCUACUUCCAUUCCUGAGUAAAGUCCCCCCAACUCUCCUGGGAGAAGGUUAUAAAUUCUACAUUGAAUUUUUCAACUACUUCAAGUCUGGGUUGAGUAAGGACCCAGUUCAAGCGAGUCCCAGUGAAUUAGGAGCUCUAGUGCGAGCAUUCUUUGAGUGUGCUCAAUUUGUGAUAAAGUCUGCAAUGAAAAGCAGCAAAGAUGAAGGACUCUUAGAAAUCAUGUUCUCUGAUCAGAUCAUGCAAGUCGUCCAUGCGUCCUUGUUUGAGUCUACCUCAGCUCUCCACAGAACGCCGCUGUACAGCCUACUGGGAAACCUCCUGACCUCACUGGAGACCAGUGAUGAGUGUACUCAGUCCGUGUCCAACUUCUGGAGUGAGCUAAGACUCUGUGUAUCAGACAGGCUCGGCUCAGCACUGUCCAGUGAAGAACGGUACUUCACAGACAGACUGAUCCAGUUCGUGAAGUGUCUGAUUUUUCCACAAAGUGGUAACAAAGCGAAGACUGAUGUAAAAGUGAAAGUCAAAUUUGCUGCUGGUGAUGUAGUCCCUGGUAUGGAGCAGCUGUCUGUAAACCAACAGGAGAGGAGAGAGUUGUCAAGAGGAGCAAAGGAGUUUGUACAUAUGAUGACAAUUAAAUCUUUUGAGAUGGCUCACAGGAACCACAAUAAGGAAAAUCUACAUUUGUUUGCUGCUUUAAUUGAACUGUUACCAGAGGAGGAAACUAUUAAGGAUAUUAUUGAAAGAUGCCAUGGGGAUGUGAAAACUGACCAAUCACAUUCUAGCUACUUUGUGUUUAAUGUUUGUUUACCAUGGUUACAUCAAUCACAAGCGUUAGAAGAAAAUGAUUCUGUACAGUUAAUCAGUGUCAUUUGUAGCUUCAUUCCCUUGCUUGAAUCAUCAGUGGUUGAUACUUUGUUGGAAGAACUCUGUAAGACAAUAACCAGUUUCUUGGUGUUCUACAAUCUGCUGAGUAAGAUGGUGCAGAUACAGAGACAGAUGGCGGGGGUAGACAAUUGGCUCCACAGUGAUUCCCUGGGGGAGAAGAUUGUCUCUGUGGCCCACACUGUGUGUGAGGAGAGUCUGGGGAACUCUGAGGAGGACAAGAUUCAGAAAGGCUGGGACAUCCUGACACUGGUUCUGUCUGCAGGGAUAGAUAGAGUGAAACCCUCCACAGUACAUGGUAUUCUACAGACCAUCCAUAAGUCAUUGGCUGACCUUGAACUCAACAAAGACAAACAGCAAGCCGAUCUCGCUGUCAAGUUUGUUGCCAAGGCAACCACAAGUUUCUUUCUGCACCUGAAGGAUGCUGGCAUGCUACAUGCUGGAGAAGACUUACUGGUGUCUUUGUUCUCUAUCUGUGCUGACCAUUCUUUCCAGCUUCAAGAUUCUACAAGACAGGAAGCAGAAAUUGCAUGGACCUCUGGGAUAUCAUCUGUUGUCAAGGAAACAGGAGGAUUUCUCCAGGAGGGAUCUGUUUUAUACAGAUUCAAAGAUGUCAUACAGAAACAGUUACUGAGGACUGAAACCAUGGAUUCGUUUCAGUGUUUGUUCCACUCCACUGAGAAGUUACUGGGUGUCAUCAGAGGAAGUCUUCCACGUGAGGACGAGACAGAAGAGAACCCGGUGGUGUCCGUCUUCCUCAGUGAACUCUUCAUUAAAACUCCACCAACACUGACAAAAUCGAUGGCAGAAUAUUGCCUAGUGAGUGGACGUCUAUCCUACCUAAACUUCCCUGCCAAGUCAGAUGGCUCCUUCAACCUGACUCAGACUUUAUACACAACCCUGUUUAACGUCCAGCUUUUAUUGACCUCUGACUAUUGCUAUGAUAACCAGGAGAUUCUACUGACUGUACUAGAAAGUGUUGCUUUAGUACUUGUGUACCAAGACAUGGAAAAAAGAAUGCUGGUCAGAUUUGCUGACAUAAUAAAAGGAAUAGAAACACUGGAAGAGAAAACAAAAUCUGUAGUAUUGCAGAUGUCACAUCAGAAGGGAAAUGCUCUGAUAAAUUAUACCCUAGACAGAUGUAAAGAUGAUGGGUCUCUAAGUUUAUCUCUGAGUGAAGUUCUCCCAGGAGUUCUAUCAGAUUCAGAAAAUCAAGUGAAUGUCAACAGCUUAGUGGAGAGAUUCUCUGAGUUAGAUGAACACAGUAUCCAGACAUUACAGACAGUAGCUGGACACCUGGACAUGGCUGGUCUAAUAACCUUGACAGAGGUCAUGGUGGCCAGGAUCAUCAGUUGUGAUGUUGAGAAUGUCAUGUCAGCUAAUGGAGGAAUAUCUGCACUAAGUGUCCUUAAUUCUGCAUUGAGGAGUAAAGCUAAUGAUGAGAUGGCAGAGCUGGGUACAAGUGUACUGACACAGGUCAUGACCUGGAAAGACCAGAUGGAUGACCUACUGCUGUGUGAAUGCAAUCUGGUAGAUGCUGAUGGAGUUAAGGUUCUUGCUAAUGUAGAAAUAGUCAGGUUCCUACAGAGGGCAGUGCAGUAUUUCCCUUACAAAUUAUCAGAUAAAGCCUGGGAUUUCAUACUAUGUACAGCAGUAAGCCUUAUACAGACAGUGAGUGAGAGUGAAUCCCAGCUGAUGACAUCAGUCCCUGUACAGGUAUUCACCCUGUCUGUCUGUCUGUUAGUGUCAGAGGUAGCACACACUAUUGAGGAUAUUUCACCCGUCCAGCAGGAUAUAUGCCCAAAGAAUCUGGCUACGGAAUGGGAGGAAUUUUUCAGUGAAGGAAUCUUUUCUUCCCUGCUACCUGUUUUCCAUGGACUAACAAGCAACUUGAAGAAGAAACCUUUGAGAGGAGUCUUGGACUGUCUAGUAAGAGGUGUGGCCAGUGCUGCGUCAUACUGCCCCAAACAGCAAGUGCUAGGUCACAAGUUACCGGCAUAUCUUAUCGCUGAUCAGUUGUCUCCCCUGCCAGACACUCUUCAAUCUCUCCUUAAUCACAUGACCCCUUGUCUGAUGUUCCCCCACAGAAGUGUACAGUCAGCCGCUUAUCAUAUUCUGAAAAGAGUGGCACCGGAACUUCCUGGGUAUGACAAGGAGGAGACAAUGGAGGGAGAGGAGGAGCAGAAUUCAAGGAGUCCCCCAGUCUCACUGAUACAAAUUAUUACAAACAAGCACUCGACAACCCUGUCCACUGUGUUACUAGACCUCAGUGUAGAUCAGAAAUUCAUCGUGGAACCAUUCACUGAAAUUUAUCAACAUGUCCUGGCCUAUCUGUUGUCAUGGAAACUCCUACUGACCUCAUUUCAUCACUCGCCAGCGGAGCUGCGGUCAAAAUAUGCUGCAUAUUUACAAGAAAAUGGCUGUAUGAACCAGCUAAUGUCGGUUAUCUUCCGGUUGAUGCCAGAGGUUCCAAUCAAUAAGGACAAAAGCAACAUUUUUGAGAAACCUUUCUCUCUUCAGGCAUCAGGUGAGCCCAGUUCUUUUGAGAUUUGUGAGUUGGCCUGCAGUGUUUAUAAGGAUGCUCUAAAGACAACACCUGCCCUGGUGCGACUGUGGUGGAAAGACCAGGACAGAAAAUCUGUCAGUUAUGUUGAUAAAUUUACCAGUAAAUAUGUCAGUCCUGUUCUGUGUACAGAAGAAAUCUCCUCUCUUGAUGCAAUAGACAAGAAAGAUGUAAAUUUCACUGUGAAGACCCGCCCCUCUACACGUGAGGUUGUGGCGGUGCACACACUUGAGGAAGUGUGUAUAGAGGUUGUCAUCACCCUCCCACAGAAUUAUCCCCUGGGUAACAUCACGGUAUCCAGCGAGAAGAAGGUUGGAGUCACAGCCCAGCAGUGGGACAAAUGGCUGUUGCAACUCAACAUCUUUUUACAGCACCAGAAUGGUAGCAUCAUGGAUGGUCUGAGAAUCUGGAGGAGGAACAUAGACAAGAGAUUUGAGGGAGUAGAUGACUGUAUGAUCUGUUUCUCUGUUCUACAUGGAACAAACUUCCAGCUGCCCCGACUCUCUUGUAAAACCUGCAAGAAAAAAUUCCACUCAGCCUGUCUGUACAAAUGGUUCCAGACCAGCCACAACUCUACCUGUCCAUUAUGUCGAAAUCUGUUCUAGUCUGGUGCAAGCUUAUCUGUGAUGGACAUUAUUUUGUCAUCUUUUAAAUAAAAAUCAUGUUGUUUUAUGUUGAA